CACCUCGCGACAGGAAACGGCCGGCUUCUCUCAGGGCCGGGGGAAGAGCAGAGGCACUACAGAACAGUUCCGAGCCUCUGCUCUUCCUCCUUGCUUAAAGAGGCGGAAGUUGCCGGCAGAAAAGCCAUUUAGAAGAUGAAGAUGUUGAUGAACUUUAAGAUGUAUACAGUGAUUCAUCAGAAAAUACCCAGUUUGCACCUAAGCAAUAUGUGCUGCUGCAAAUUAACAGCAAGUUUGAAAAAGUUAAAGCCACACAUGCCUGUUGGAAGACAUUAUAGUUCCCUACCAGGCUUGAUAGGAAAUGACGUCAAAUCCCUUCAUUCCAUCAUCACUCCUCCCAUAGAGAAAAUCCGUAAUAUUGGAAUUAUGGCUCAUAUUGACGCUGGCAAAACUACCACUACUGAAAGAAUAUUGUACUUUUCUGGAUAUACAAGAUCACUGGGAGAUGUUGAUGAUGGAGACACAGUGACAGAUUUCAUGGCCCAAGAGCGAGAAAGAGGCAUUACCAUCCAGUCAGCUGCUGUCACCUUAGACUGGAAGGGGUACAGAAUCAAUCUAAUUGACACACCAGGUCAUGUUGACUUCACUCUGGAGGUUGAGCGCUGCCUUAGAGUUUUGGAUGGUGCAGUGGCUGUAUUUGAUGCCUCUGCUGGUGUAGAGGCCCAAACUCUAACAGUAUGGAGGCAAGCUGACAAACACAAGAUACCUCGAAUCUGCUUUUUAAACAAGAUGGACAAAACUGGAGCAAGUUUUAACUUUGCAGUUGAAAGCAUCAGAGAGAAGCUGAAGGCAAAGCCGUUGCUUCUCCAGUUACCAAUCGGUGAAGGCAAGACGUUCAAAGGCGUAGUGGAUGUAGUAAGUAAAGAAAAGCUAAUUUGGAGUCCCGAUUCAGAUGAUGGAAAAGACUUUGAGAGAAAACCCCUCUUGGAAAUGAGUGAUCCUGAGUUGCUGAAGGAGACAACUGAAGCGAGGAAUGCCCUGAUUGAACAGAUUGCAGAUCUGGAUGAUGAAUUUGCUGACUUGGUUUUAGAAGAAUUUAGUGAAAAUUUUGAUUUGAUUCCAGCUGAAAAGCUGCAGUCUGCCAUCCACAGAGUCACACUGGCUCAGGCAGCAGUGCCUGUGCUUUGUGGAAGUGCUCUGAAGAACAAGGGUGUGCAGCCCUUGUUAGAUGCUGUCGCCUUGUACCUGCCAUCCCCUGAAGAGCGCAACUAUGAAUUUCUGCAGUGGUACAAGGAUGGCUUAUGCGCGCUGGCGUUUAAAGUCCUCCAUGACAAGCAGCGAGGACCACUGGUUUUUAUGCGCAUUUACUCAGGCACAAUAAAACCCCAGUUGGCUGUUUAUAAUAUUAAUGAAAACUGCACGGAGAGAAUAAGUCGCCUGCUUUUACCCUUUGCUGACCAACAUAUAGAAAUCCCUUCACUGACUGCUGGUAACAUUGCUUUGACAGUUGGACUUAAACAUACCGUCACUGGGGACACCAUCGUCUCCUCAAAGUCUAGUGCACUAGCAGCGGCUCGGCAGGGCAAGAGGAAGGGGGAAACGGACAGAAAAAACACAGAAGGAGAGACUCUUUUAUUAGCUGGCGUGGAAAUUCCUGAACCUGUUUUCUUCUGUACCAUAGAGCCCCCAUCAGUGGCCAAGCAGCCAGAUUUGGAUCAUGCACUGAAAUGCCUGCAACGUGAAGAUCCCAGUUUGAAAGUAAGGCUAGAUCCUGACUCUGGACAAACUGUCCUGUGUGGAAUGGGGGAGUUACAUAUUGAGAUUAUUCAUGACAGAAUCAAGAGAGAGUAUGGACUGGAGACCUACCUGGGGCCCCUCCAGGUGGCAUACAGAGAGACCAUCCUGAGCUCAACUCGAGCCACAGAUACCUUAGACAGAACCUUGGGAGACAAGCGGCAUCUCGUGACUGUGGAGCUUGAAGUGAGGCCGACGAAAACAUCAUCUGUCACGCCGGUGAUUGAGUAUGCUGAGGGUGUUGGAGAAGAUGUUUUGAAGACAUCCCAGGAGGCCAUUGAAAAUGGAAUUCACACUGCUUGCCUCCAAGGCCCAUUGCUUGGAUCCCCAAUUCAGGAUGUGACAAUUACUCUGCAUUCACUGGUUACUCAUCCUGGUACUUCCACAACUAUGAUUUCUGCCUGCAUCUCAAGAUGUAUACAAAAGGCUCUGAAGAAAGCAGAUAAGCAAGUUUUAGAGCCUCUGAUGAACCUCGAGGUGACUGUUCCUAGUGAGCACCUCAGCCCUGUCCUGGCAGACCUGGCGCAGAGAAGAGGAAACAUUCAAGAAAUCCAGGCUCGCCAGGACAGCAAGGUGGUUCUGGGAUCCGUUCCCUUAGCAGAAAUGAUGGGUUACUCAACUGUUCUUCGAACACUAACGUCCGGCUCAGCUACCUUUGCCUUGGAGUUAUCGACUUACCAAGCCAUGAAUCCUCAGGAUCAAGAGGCACUGCUCAGCCAGAGAAGUGGUUCAACACCCUAACUGUCUGAUAACCCAAGCGAUCAUUAGAAAUUAGCAGAAGAUCAAAAGCAUCUACCCACUGUCCAGAAACAAUGGUUUUUGCUUUGGACAAAACAGUUACUGUUUCAACAGAUGUAACCUGAAGAUAACGGCCCUGCUGCUCCUUCUGAUGUGUGCAGUGACGUAGGCACUUGGAUGUUUGCAGGAAGUGUACCUUCAUGGAGACG